GCGUGGUGGUGGUUUUCGGUGGCGUUUCUUUUGCUGUUUCGGGAAAAAGAGGCGCACUUUUUGGCUUUCGUCAAAGCAACGCAUCUCCACCAAGCGCUGGUGCCGCUGUUUUUCCGCAGUGAAUAUUGUUCGGGGAGUGUCGGAAGCCCGCGACAAAUCGAUCAACGUUGGCCAGAGUGUUUUGGUGAUCGGGCACCUCGCCCUUUCCGCCUCCUCACCGAGGAAGCUGUGGAUUCGGACUGGCCGAGACGCGUUUAACCUCACUUUUGUUCCUCGGCUGGCCUCGGGUGCUAUCCGAGCACGGGCGUAAUUGCUGGUUUUUUCAAGUGUUGCUCAUUUCUGACGCCGCGUUUCCGGUGACCGUGCGUGAUCCGUGGGAACGAAUCCGUGGUGGAACCGUGCCUUCAAGUGGCCCCAAAGUGAAAUCCAACGCAGAUAAGCGGGCGCGUUUGUGAAAAGCCCGUUCCGCGCGGUCGUCUUGUGACUCCGAGAGCGAAUGGUGGAGGACGGCAGCUGGCCGGCAAAAGACAACAAUAACGGCGCCGCAGUGAGAGAGAAAGAGAUGGAGAAGGACCACCACGGUUUGCACCAGGCGUUUGCCGGCGGUGGCAUACCGCAGCAUCAACAAAACGAAUCUCCCGACCAGCAUCAGGAAGAGGAAGAAAUGGAGGAAGAGGAGGAAGAGGCAGGCAUCACGAGCGAACAUUCGGUGCACGGUGAAAAGCGGAAAUUCAGCGAGAUCGACUCGGAGAGCGACGAAGAUGGUUUUGCCGGAUUCGAAGAGGAUGCCGUCAGCGACAAUCUAGGCUCUCCAAGCACCACCUCCGAUGCGUUCCGGACGGCCUUGAAAAGUCAGAACAACCGAACUGUAGAGAACAACAAAUCCGAGGAAGAGGUGGGAGGCCCAGUAGAAACGGCCUCAGUGGACGAUCACCCCGAGAUCAAGCAGGAGUAUAUGGAUGUCGCUAGCGGUGCUGUAGCUGGUGGUCAGGAUGCCACGAAGUUGGCGGCGACGGCUGUAGCAGCGGCGGCGGCCAAGAAGAAAGUAAAUGUCCCUGUUAAUACACAGGAUGUUAUCUAUAAGCUACCGUUUAAAUACGGCUGGAAACGCGAGCUGGUUUAUCGUGCCAACAUGGAAGGCAACAGCAAGGAUAAGGGGGAAGUGUAUUAUAUCACGCCACAGGGCAGAAAGUUGCGAACUCGCAAUGAUAUAGUGUCUGCUUUACAUGACGAUCUGACGAUGGAUAAUUUUACAUUCGUGAAGGAACCGGUUGGUGGCAAUCCGGAGGAAGAGACAAUUCGGAGUGCAAAAUCGUAUGGAAAUCCGCCGAAACGUUCCGUUUCGGGUACACCGACAGCGACGAUUCUGGAUAGUUCGGCUGACUUGGGCAAACGGGUACCGAAACCUAAAAUGCCGAAAGGUGCAAGUCCGACGCCUCCAUCACCGUACUCCAAAGCGGGCCGCUUAUCGCCGAAAAGCAAUGCAUCCUCCGGUGUGGGCGCAGGUGGUGGUGGCACAGGCGUUCUGACGGUAUCGUCACGCAACAACGUGUUCAGCGGAUCAACUAAGGGAAAUGAAAAUAUCAACAAUCAGGAUAGAGCGAAACCUGUUGGCAAAAAUCGGCUGGAUACAUGCACGAUACAGUGCCUACCAGCGAUGGGGAUGAUACCGCAACUGCAAUGCAUUGUUUGUUAUGCAAUGUAUCACCCGGAAUGUGUUACUGCUACAACCGCCGAAGCAUUAGCUCGGCGCUUCACGUGCAAGAGUUGUGUCGAUGAUGCUGUGGCCGCGGAAGCGCAACUUGCUCAGAACUACAAAGAAUCGUUCGGAAUGCAUGAUACUAGCAAUGGAAAUGCGCCUGUAGCAGCGGCUGCUGCUUCCACUGCUAAUACUGUGGCCAAAAACAGCAAAUCAUCUUCAUCGAACAAGACGAUCGCGACGGACGGCGGACACAACGCAUCAUCUAAUUUAGUGCAUAAAGAGAAAUCGAAACAAAAGGAUAAAGCAUUGACCCCCCAACACCCUCAGUCUAGCUCAAAGCACCCCAAAUCUCAACCGUCGGGCGGUGCGAAGAACUCGGAGACAGACAAGCCACCACAGGAAAUAUUGGUCAUCGGUGGCAAUGAGUAUGUGGUAGUGCCAAAGGGAAAAGAAACGAGCGCGAAAAGCAAAAAAGCAUCGAAAUCCACAAACCUGCCCCAACAGCAGCCAACGAUCGCCAAAAGUGUGGACGAAUCACGAAAGAUGGCAAGCAAUGCAGUAUCUGGGCCAAACAACAAACAUCUUGGCACGAACGAUCGACUCUCUGGUGAGGGAGUUUUACCUGCGGUGGGCGGCGGCAUUGGAGGGACCGGUAGCCAUGUGGGAUCCUCCAGAAACCAUCAUAUCACAGCAAGUAACGGCAGUGCUCGGGAUCCUUCCAACUUCCUUUCGGAGGUAUCCGCUGGAUACCAAGCGUUGAUGCAGAUCUUCGAUUACCUCAAAGUACAAGAACUCCUCCGAGCCAGUAGCGUGUGUCGAAUGUGGAACCAUGUGGGCAAUCAUCAGCGCUUCUGGCGAACGGUUCGAAUGAAGAACUCGUACGUUAAGGACUGGGGAGGUAUGAUCGCAAAACUACGCAAGAACGGUACAAAGCAUCUCGAUCUGCGCAAAGUGUUGAACGCAGGCAGCAACGAUGAGAUGUGGCGAAGCUUUAUCGAGCAUAUCGGGCAGGCACCGGAGAUCGAGACGAUCGACUUGUGCCGUUGCUCGUCGUCUGUCGUUGGCAAGCUGUUACGCUCGAACCCUAAUCUGCGCGUGGUGAACGCACUGGCAAUCAAAAACGAUCCGAUCGAUUUCAUUAACUUUGAACAUGGCAAAAACCUGGAAGAGUUACGCCUGAAAUCGUCUGCUCCGAUUUCGGUGGACGGUGAUCUGCGGCAGCUGGGUGCAUUACGUAAUCUGAAACACUUAUCACUGACAUCGAUCGCCAAGCUGGGAGCGACCUCAAUCGACGCGCUUGGUUCGUUGGUGCUGCUGGAAUCACUCGAGCUGGGUGAGUGUACGGAGAUCGGUGCAAAUCUGGCCGAGAUUCUGCCUAAGCUGAGCUUCCUGAAGCGAUUGCGUUUGGAGAAGGGUCAGGACAACUUUGACAUGUUCACCGUUCUCGAUGGCAUUGCGAAGGUGGCCACACUGCAACAACUAGAGCUGAUCAACUGCGAUAUCAAGCUGGGCUUCGAUAAGCACAUCGUGAGCUGUCGGAACUUGACCAAACUAUUGCUCAUCCCCACGUACGUCUCGCAAUCUGCGGCUACGAAUCAGAUGAUUCUGAAAGGAUUACUGAAGCUACAUGCCACCCUGCAGCUGGUCGUUUGGGUCAUCACGGAGGAACUGCUGCGCGUGACGGAGUUGUACAUUGGCACUAACGUGGACGAUAGUGGCGUACCGAACAAGCUGGGCGAAACGAUUCCGAUCCUGAAACCGGUACCGGGUAGCGACGAACCCUCGAGUGUCACCUAUCAGACGGAUGUGCCCGAUAAGGUGGAAAUUGUUCCGCUGACCAAGCUGGAAAGCAUCCUCGAGCGAAGGGUACCUAACACGAAGGUACUGAUACUGAAGAUUCCGUUCACAAAUACGUGGAAACAAACCAUGGUAGAUCAUUUGUGAAUGCGGGAUCUAGAUCUAGCAUAGCCUAAGCAACGACAAAGAGACGUCGGUUGCUGUCGAGGUAGUUAUAGUUGAAGUUGAUUAAAGUGUGUAAGUCCUUUUUAGCUGACAGAUACGCGCGUGUAAAUAGUUUAUGGAAUAAACGGCUCGUUACAGCAUCUCCAUGCAUGACGGUGUGCAACCCUCGCUAACGGAGUAAUCAAUCAUUUCGCAGCGGGAACUUGUUAAGAUGAAAACUGGAUAAAAUUUGCUCCACAGCGACAAGACAUGUAGGAUGUACGUUAGAGCCAAGAGUUAUUCCGUUAGCUAACUAAGUAGGUUACGAUGUCAAUGGCAUUGUUUCCUGAUGUGUUGAUAACGAGAUAGUUUGUUGAUUAUAUCACAUCGUCCCGAUUUUGCUUCUCUUCCAAUAACUUGCAGUAAAUGAGGGAUCGUCGAUAAGUGUGCAACGCUGAACUACGUCUAACAAGUAUAAGCAACAUAAUUUGUUGGAUAUUCCAUCCGAAAAGUGCUGAUCCAACGAUGCCUAUACUUUUGGAAGUGAGUCAAAACAUUUAAAUCAAUUCAGUUUAUUCUAAAAUCAGUUUGAUUCUGUUGUGAAACUAUUACAAAUAAAAAUGAAACGUUUCUAAUAGAUGGGAAUCAAUCUAAACACUUAAGCACGAAUGACAGUACAGAGAUAGAGAGAGCGAGUAAUUUCAAAAAAUGUUUAUUCUUAAUAAAAAAUGAGGCAAAAAAGACAAUGUUGAUCCGCGAUUCAUGUUAUACUUGCACAUUCUUCCAUUUCCAAAUCAUAACUAAGAGCAUAUAAAGGCUAUAGAUACGAUUCUGUAGAGUAGAUUUGUUUGGAAAUGAUCGUUUACUUGUAACUUUUUAUUUUAAUAUUUCCUUUAUUAAUGAAUUAGCGAACUGUUAUAGUAGAAUCAACGUUGCUCUUCAUUUUCCGAAUUUCUAUUGUUUGCCGUUGCAUAGUUGAGUUGCAGUAGUUGAGCUAUGGAUUAUGAUUAGCGAUGUACUAUACAAACGUAUCAAGAAAAAAUAGAAAUCGAACAAAAAUUAUUAUUCGUAUGGAAUGAAGUUAUUCGUAUUCUUAAAAGAGGUUACGUAUUUAUGUUUUAUGGUUAUAGGUUUUUGUUUUCAGAAAAGCUUAUUUUGGUUUUUAAUGGUUUUCUUCUGCUCGCGCUCAAAUAAAAAAAACCUUAACAAGCCCCGAAUGCAAAAGGGAAACAAGCUGAAGCAAUU